AUGACUUCCAGUUUUUUAAAAGUUCUCAUUAAUGCUUCCGGAUUUCAGCAAUUGUUUGCAUCCGGAGUUUCGUUGAUUGCUUUUCUGGUGUGUGGAGGCGUUGAAACUUGGUACGCUACUGGCUUUGACCACAUGUCAUUUUUUAUUAUGGCCAUCGGAAAUGGCGUCGUGUCGGGCUGUGCUGGACUCCCUGGUUGUCAAAUUCAGUUCGUAGUGAAAGGAUGGGCAGUGGCAGCUGUGGGUUUCAGCUCUUUUUUCCGACCAGUAAUGUAUUCACCAUAUGGUGCGCUUCCUUGA